AGCCUUGGGCUCAAAUCAAAGAGUAAAGCUGGAAAGAGUGAGAAGAGUGGCGGCAGCUUGGAAACAUGGCGGAAGCUGUUGCCAAUGGCACGCAAGCUUUCUAUGGCUGCGGCUACUGCACGGAGGCUUUUGCUGACAAGAAGCUGCUUGAGGUUCACAUCAAGAUGAUCCAUGCAGGCUCGCCCUUCCGGUCAGUUCCGGCGCCCCUGCCGCGGCGCGAGAGGCUGCAGCAGGUCCCCGGCGCGAUCUCCAAGAAUUUGCCGAUCUCUGAGGUGGCGCGGCACUGCAUCCCGGAGGACUGCUGGGUGGCCUUGAACGGCAAGGUCUACGACCUCACAGAGUUCAUGGAUCGGCAUCCUGGGGGUCCCACCACCAUCCUGGCGUGGGCUGGGAAGGACGCCUCCAAGUUGUUCAACGACAUCCACAAAGGAGUCAAGAUCGAGCAGUACCUUCGACCGGAGGCCUUCUUGGGAGACCUCGGCAUUGACGAAACUAUGAUGUCUGAGUCAUAUUGGCACCAACUUCGUGAAGCUCGCCUUGCGGAAGUCAAGGAAGAGCUGAAUCGGAUUCUGGGCAAGGUUGACCUCCCGACGCGGACUGAAAGCUUGGCGCAAAUCCUGACAGAUAAGAGCUUAGAUCAAGAAUUGAAGGUGAAGCUUCAGCGCAUGGAAACUCAGAAGCGGGCAGCUUUGGAUGCAGGAGACUACGACAAGGCCGCCCAAAUCAAGAAGGACAGCGACGCGCUGAUCACCAAGCCGGCCAAGGCCAACAAGAAAGCGGGCGACAUCACUUUGUCUGAGGUAGCACACCACAACAAGCCUCAUGACUGCUGGAUCGCUGUGAACAACGUGGUCUACGACCUCACAGACUUCCUGCAGCACCACCCAGAGCAGCGGAACUCCAUUCUGGCCUGGGCGGGCCGGGACGCUACACCCAUGUGGAACAAGAUCCCGGGGCGCUUCCCCAGCAAGAAUUGGAUGGACUUCUUCAUGCGCCCGGAGGCGGAGAUGGGGAAGGUGGCACCGGAGCCGCCCAUGGAGCCCAAGGAGAAGGAGAUCCACCACUUGCUGGCGGAGCUGCACCGCCUGGAGGGCCCCUCGGAAGAGGACAUUGCGGCGGCCAAGGCCGCGACGAAGGUGCCCGGCACGGCGGAGGUUCCCAAGGUCUCUGAGGCCGCGCGCUUCCCGAAGCUGAAGGACAUCUCCGCGGGCAAGGAGCUUCCCUUCUACUCCCGAGCGGAGGUGGCCAAGCACACCGCGGCAGAGCCCUGGAUGAUCAUCCACAACCGCGUGUAUGAUUUGAAGCCUUUGCUGGGCAACCACCCUGGCGGCGAUGAGAUCAUCACGUCCAAGGCUGGCACCGACUGCACCAAAGAGUUCGAAGUCUUUGAGCACUCCGAGAAAGCGCGGGUCCGGCGGGACCAAGAGCUGCUGGUCGGGGAGCUGGUUCCAGCGGAGCAUUUGGACUGGGACGCCCAAGCAGAGAAGGAGGUGGCAACGGGCGAAAACCAGGAUGCGGAGUGGGUCCGCUACAUUAAGUACAAGGCGGCUGAUGUUUUGACAAUCGCUGUGGCCGCCUAUGCGUAUCGAACCUACAAUCACCGCAAGCCUUUGUCACUGCUUACCUACAGCCGCGGCUUGAGGCAUUUGCACCUCCUCAUGGCCGUGGGCAUCUUCGGGACGUUGGGCACCGCGCACGCCGCCUCUGCCGCGGAGGGCCAGAACAAAAGGAAGCUGUUGCUUCUCCACAAGCAGCUGGGCAUCGGCAUGCUGCUGGGCCUCGUUGUGAGGGCUCUGCUGCGGCUGCAGUCCGGCAUCCCGCCCCGCUUCCCCGGAAACAAACUGGUGCAAAUGGUGGAGACCCAAAGCCUCCGGGCCUUCUACCUCAUCAUGCUUGCACUUCCCUUGACUGGCAUGGCCAGCGAGUACUACCUGAAGUGGGCCUCUUCAGAGAGUCCUGAAGACGACAAGAGGAAUGAUCAGAAUGCGCAAGGGGCCAUUGCCCUGCACAAGACACUGGGCAAGUUCUUUGAGUUUGUGUGGCUGCCCUUCCAUCUGGGCUACACGACUUUGUACCAUGCCUCAAAAGGCAGAGGUGUGGUUCGAAAGGUGAGCCCUUUCAUUUGAGGAGGUCCCAUGAGUUGGACCCAUGGGAAAGGACGACGGUUUCUGGGGCGAGUUCGCCCGUCGAUUGCCGGCUGGCCAGUGAUGUGGAUCACGAAGGCUGCCUCUUCCAGUGGUGCAAUCUGUACUCGUUCCAGGUCUCCGGGGCAUCGCAUUGAUGGCACCGCGGCC